AAAUGGAAAAUGCUUCAGCUCGACCUAGAGAGGUACGAGGCAUAAAGGUGUAUAGAUGUCCAGGUUCAUCGUCCCAGGAGGGCAGACCUGAACACACUGCUGCCUUCACAUGUGUUGUUCCUGGCAACAACACUGUCUAAGGCGAACAUGACCAAAGAUGAAAGUGUUUGUGUGUGCUUCUAUUUGUGUUUCUCUGUGAGUGAUUGUGUGUGUGUGUGCGCGCGCGCGCGAGUGCGUGUGUGUUUGCUUGUCAGACAGACACUCCAGUGUCAGUCAGUUCCGAAGCCACGCGACCCAUUGUCACUGUAAACGGCUGCUGAGCUGAUGUCAUGGUUUGUGCUAGGAGGGAAGAGGACUCAGACUCCCUGGCAUAACUACCACAGCCAGCCUGACUGAGUGAGCACCACAAGGCCCUCUGGAGAAAUAAACAUGAGUGUCUGCAGUGACAAGGUUGCUGGUAUUCUCAUACUGUGCUUCUUUGGCCUGUGUUCAGCCAGUGAAGUGGGUCUGGGGGGCAAGGUCCUGGUCUUCCCUUACGAGACAGACUUCAGCUUCGUGGCCCUGAUCCCCCAGAAGGAGAUGGAGCUGCGCUCGUUCACGCUGUGCAUGCGCGUUGCCACGGAGCUACAGGGCGAGCGUCAGAUCAUCCUCUUCGCCUACCGCACCUCCGACUACGACGAGCUCAACGUGUGGCGCGAGAAGGACGGCCGCGUCUCCUUUUACCUGAGCGGGGACGGUGUCUCCUUCCACCUGCCACCCAUCUCCACCUUCCGCACCAGCCUCUGCCUCACCUGGGAGUCCAGCUCUGGGCUGUCGGCCUUCUGGGUGGACGGCCGGCGCAGCACCUACCAGGUGUACAAGCCCGGCCACACAGUGAGGCCCAAGGGAACCGUCCUCCUGGGGCAGGAUCCAGACAAGCACCUGGGGGACCUGGAGGCCGUGCAGAGCUUCGUGGGAGAGGUGACCGACCUCAACAUGUGGGACUACGUGCUCCCCAGGAGCCAGGUCCAAGCCUGGCACUACGGCCACCGUGUCCCCAAGGGCAACAUCUUUGACUGGGCCACCAUCGAGUACCAGCUGAAUGGGAACGUGAUGGUGGUGGAUGAUGACUGACUCGGCGUGGAGUCACGCGCUCGUGCAGACGGGUAUGUGUGUGUCUGGACUGGGCUUGUGAUACUGAUGUUUUUCUGCGGUUGUUUUUAACUUCUCGUCUGUGUGUCUCGUCUGUGUGUCUGGGCCUCUCUACUGCUGGUCCUGAGUAGGGAGGCAGUCCUGAAUGGACUUCCUGUGGCCUGGUAGUGGCCAAAGUGGGACAUUAUGGGUUCACUCGAAUUUCCUUAUCUCGAAAGCCAUGAACUGUAUAUACAAGAGAAACCUGGAGCACUGGAUUGAUUAACGUCAUUCAUCUACCCUUUGUGCUAGGCCUUAGUAGUCACUAAAUAGUGGGAACAUCUAUUUAGAAUAAUCUUGGUUCUCCUUAACCAAAUCCAAGUUUUUCCUCGUGUUAUAAUAUUAUCGUGUCAUUUAACUAAAAGGAUUUCUUUCUUUUUUUUACGUUAGCCAGUACUGAAUUUAAAACAAACAAAAAACAUUGGUGUCAACUGCUCGUGGAAGUCAAGUGG